AUGAAAGCUAACAAUUUAUUAAAAUUUAUUUUUAUUUUGCCGACAAUUGUAUUGCUUUCGGUCUCUUCGGCGGCCAAUUCUAUUGAAACCACAGAUGGUAUUGAAGUGGAGGGAGAUAUCACUGAAAGGACCACAGAAUCUGAAGUCGAAUUUAUUACCAAAACAGUGGUCGAAGAAAAGGUUUUUACGAAUAAAUCUCAAGAAGACAACGAAGAGACCACUACUCAUGAAACAGUAGACUAUGAGGUGAAUGAAGUCAACAGAGGACUCGUUGAUAAUCUACUGAAAGGGCCGACAGAUGAAGAAUUGCCGAAAAAUUCUUCGUCAGAAAGAGUUUAUAAUUAUUUAUGGAAACUAUUGUCGGAUGAGAUGCGCAAAGAAGUGGACAAAUAUAUGCCUCAAAUGCAUGAAUAUAUUUUCGUAAUGAAUGAAUUGGUUUCCCAAAAAUGUUUCCUUUCAUUGAUGCGUUUGGCAAACAGAGGCCAGAAGGGAGAGCCCCGGGCCCUCAAAAUUCUCAAAAUAGUUUAA